GAAGCAGCAGCAGCAGCAGCAGCAGCUCCGGGAGACGUCAGAUGAACAUGGCGGUGGACGGGAGAGCUGUCACCAUUGCACGGGGGGAAACUGCAGCGUUUCUCUGAAAGACGGCAAGGGGAUUAAUUGUAAUAAAUAUAUAUAUACAUUAUAUAUAUUUACAAAAAGCAGUGAGAAAAUGUCAGACAACCAGAGCUGGAACUCCUCCGGUUCCGAGGAAGACGUCGAGCCCAGAGAUGAGUCUGGACAUCUUGUCGGUAUCGUCGACUUGAGCGGAGUCCUCAGCAAGUGGACAAAUUACAUCCAUGGAUGGCAGGACCGUUGGGUGGUCCUCAAAAACAACACACUGAGCUACUACAAGUCUCAGGAUGAGACCGAGUACGGCUGCCGGGGUUCCCUCUGCCUCAGCAAAGCCGUUAUCACUCCUCAUGAGUUUGACGAGUGCCGGCUGGACGUCAGCGUGAACGACAGCGUGUGGUACCUCAGAGCCCAAGACCCGGAGCACCGGCACCAGUGGAUCGGCUCCGUGCAGCUGCACAGGACUAUCAGAGAGGGGAGGAGAGAGAAAGCAGGAAUCCAGGGGACGAUAUUCAUCCCUCAACCACUGGCUGAUUCUGGAUACGGCUCCGAGUCCAGCCUCCGGAGACAUGGCUCCACGCUGUCGCUCACAUCCGCCACCAGCGGCUUCUCCGCCACCUCCACCUCCUCCUUCAAGAAGGGUCACAGCCUGAGGGAGAAGCUGUCGGAGAUGGAGACCUUCAGAGACAUCUUGUGCCGGCAGGUGGACACGCUUCAGAAAUACUUUGAUGGCUGUUCGGACGCCGUGACGAAGGAUGAGCUGCAGAGGGAUAAGAUCGUGGAGGACGAUGAAGACGACUUCCCCAGCACCCGGACCGAUGGCGAGUUUCUGCACAACAACCACGGCAUCAAGGAGAAAUUGUUCCAGUCUGUGAGUCCCAAGGGAAUCAAUGGCAUAGACUUUAAGGGCGAGGCCAUCACGUUCAAGGCCACCACCGCUGGGAUCUUGGCCACGUUGUCCCACUGCAUCGACCUCAUGGUCAAGAGAGAAGACAGCUGGCAAAAACGAGUGGAUAAGGAGAUGGAGAAGCGGCGUAGAAUAGAGGAGGGCUACAAAUCCGCCCUGAAUGAGUUGAAGAAGAAGUCUCACUUUGGAGGUCCAGAUUAUGAGGAGGGUCCGAACAGCCUCAUAAACGAGGACGAGUUCUUCGAUGCGGUCGAAGCCGCCCUCGACCGGCAGGACAAAAUAGAAGAGCAGUCCCACACGGAGAAGAUACGAUUGCAGCGAUCCAGCCCGGUUCCCCCCGGAGACGUCUACUCCAGCAUCGGCACGCACAGGUUCUCCGACAAGCCUCGUACUCAGUCCUCCCCUGCUCUGGUAAUCAGCGCCCCUCACGACGUCCACAGAUUCAGCUCAGAGGUGGAGGAGAUGGUGCAGAGUCACAUGACCUACUCGCUGCAGGAUGUCGGUGGAGACGCCAACUGGCAGCUGGUGGUAGAAGAAGGAGAAAUGAAGGUGUACAGGAGAGAGGUGGAAGAGAAUGGCAUUGUUCUGGACCCGCUGAAGGCCACCCAUUCGGUGAAGGGGGUGACGGGUCACGAGGUGUGCCACUACUUUUGGGACACGACCUACCGCAACGACUGGGAGACCACGAUCGAAAACUUCAACGUCGUGGAGACGCUGUCGGACAACGCCGCGAUCGUGUUCCAGACGCACAAGAGGGUGUGGCCGGCGUCUCAGAGGGACGUGCUGUACCUGUCCGCCAUGAGGAAGAUCUUGGCCAACAACGAGAACGACCCGGACACCUGGCUGGUCUGCAACUUCUCCGUGGACCACGACGACGCCCAGCCGUCCAGCCGCUGCGUCCGAGCCAAGAUCAACAUCGGCAUGAUCUGCCAGACGCUGGUCAGCCCGCCGGAGGGCGACCAGGAGAUCAGCAGGGACAACAUCAUGUGCAAAAUCACCUACGUUGCCAACGUGAACCCGGGCGGCUGGGCGCCGGCCUCCGUGCUCAGGGCCGUGGCCAAGAGGGAGUACCCCAAGUUCCUCAAGCGCUUCACCUCCUACGUCCAGGAGAAAACCGCCGGCAAGCCCAUCUUAUUCUGAGGACCAAUCCACGCUUUCGGUUCAGUACACCCGGCGCCAUGUUGCCGUGACUCCUCCCACAUCACAAGGACAGAACUACUGUUGCUUCCCUCCCUCCCUCCUUCCCUCCCUCCUUCCCUCCCUCCCCAGAAGCUCUCGCAGCAGCUCCUAACGUCACGGCCGUAACGCUCAAGUCGGAGACUGACUUGUCUCUUUUUCCUACAGAUAUAAUAAUAUAUAUAUAAAUGUACGUAUGUAUGUAUGUUCGAUAAGAAGUUUGUAAAGAAAAUAGAAAAGAGAGACCAAAUGUUUUAUUAUUGCCAUUAAUAGCUUGUAUUUUGCAUUUCUCUUCACGUAAUUAGUCAUUUCACGGCUGUAUUUUUAAGCCGCUAUCUUUUUGCUCGUCGGUCAUCGUCUUUGAUUUGAGUCCAGAGGGCCGUCACCAACCCGUGACCCCUGUGACCUACGACUUGACCUCUGCGGCCGCGCGGCCCUCUCAUGAAAGCGCCUGUCGUCGGCGCCGAUGGAGGAGCGAGCCCAGAGCUUUGAACGCACCGCAGACGGGAGUCAGCACAUCGUUUGUGUCGGAGCACGUCAUCCGAAUGUUUCAUGUGAAAAGCGUCGCUCACAUUUCUCUGGGGGUCGGACGGCGUGGAGCCCAGACGCCUUCGUGUUGCAGGAGAAUCUCGCUCCAGGCUGCAGCGUCCACGCCGCCAGCAAAGCGCCUCGUAGGCCGAGUUCAAAAACACGAUGUCGUUGACUGAAGGAGCGAGGCGACGCUUCUGGAGCGAGUUUCAGUUUCAUGUGGACGUUUGUCCCGGCAGGGAAAGAGUUCUUCGCCUCGUGUGUAAACAUGUCGCUAAAGUCCAGUUUCUUCCGGCUCUUCUCCGUUUAUGUUGUAGUUUAUGAACAAUGAACCGGUUAAUCUGGACUUUGACGUUCUAUAGUUGAAAUGACACAAUUUGGUUUAAUGGCCUUUUUAAUUGUGCAGAUGAUACUUUUCAAUGUAAAGCAUCAGUACUUUUUGUUUUCUUGGUCCAUAUCUAUGAAGGGGGAAACCCAGAUGAUGGAAGCCAGGUUGAAGCAGACAUUUCUAAUUCUAGUCAAAGUAACUGUACAUAGUUAGAAACUCUUGUGUAAAUAAAGCUGUGGGAUCUACUUGCCCCGUUCAACAGUGAAAUAAAUAAGUUCAUCCUCCA